AAAGUUAGCUCAAUUUCGAACAUAUCAUCAGUCAUCUGCAAAUUGUUGGAAAAUGAAAUUCGCUUGUGUUUUCUUCGUUGCAAUUUUAUCUGUCCUGGCCGGGCAAAGUCAGGCAAGACCUCAACCGGAACCUCUUUUGGGUGAAGUGACUGGUGUUGUGCACGGCGUAUUCAAAAAUGUGCUAGGUGGUGGUAUCAAAAUUCUUGAUGCUUCAAAGAAUACUGCUGAUAAAAUAAUCGAUAAAGUAAAGGAGACAGUUGGUUUGGGUGAAGAACAGCCUGAAGAGCCAGAAGCUGAAGAACCAGUAGCCGAGGAAUCAGAGGCUGAGGAACCAGAGGCUGAGGAACCUGAGCAAGCCGAGGAACCAGAGCAAGCUGAGGAACCAGAGCAAGCUGAGGAACCAGAGCAAGCUGAAGAAGCAGAACAAGCUGAAGAACCCGAAGAAGCUGAAGAGCCAGAAGCAGCCGAAGACUCUCAAUCGGAGUAAUCUUAGUUUAUUAAAAAAGCAUUAUACAUUAUCUUCUAAAAGUAAUGUUUAAAAAAUAAAUGUUUGCAUUUUAAAAA